AUGUCGCUGUCAGCUAGGACUGAGCCGCCAGAUCCUACAUCGACUGAGCCGGCGAAAUGCUCACCUCUGCUAAAGCUCCCUAAUGAGUUGCUGCUCUCCGUCACUCAGCGACUCUGCGAUAACAGCGAUCUUUGCCAGCUUUCACUUGUUUGCCGGAGGUUGAAGGAUGUCGCGCAAGAAACACUUCUGAAAGAGGUCGUGCUGCCAGCUUACAGUACGCGCGAGCUAGUCCGAACGCUGUGCGACCGUCCAGAUCUAUGCGGGAAGAUCAAUAGUGUAGAUCUCGACGACUACGCUUGCUCAGGACGCCCAAAACAUGGUUUCAGACCCACCGAGUGGAGCUACUUCCGCAAGUGCCGCGAAAUCAUCGGAAAAGAAGUCUUCAACAAGGUUGUGGACCGCAAGGAUGGCGUACAACUACCGUGCCCCAAGGAGCACCCAUUCUUUCUGGACGUCCUGAUUGCGGCUUGCCCGAACAUCAAGGAGCUCAUUAUAAGGUUGCCUGGAAUCGAGCAAGAUCCGGUGCAAAUCAUUUUGGGCAUUGAAAAUGGUAGCGCGCUGAAUCCGUUCUUUGGAGUAUCGCGAGAUUUGCUUGAGAAACGACUACGGACCCUCACGAUCCGCGAAUCUAGGGGCUACAUGCUUCUCAAGACUCCCAACGUGACACUGUCCGGAUACUCACAUCUGACGUUCCUGAGUAUACCCACAGAUGCUUUGAUUUUCAUGUCCCGGAUACCAACUGCUGUCGCUCAGGCGCUGCCCACGAGCCUUCAUCAUCUACAGAUCAAACCUUGCAAUCGCUUCAUCGUUCUGUGGUUCCCAGAGUUGGCCGCGGCUUAUUUCAACGGCUUGCUUCCCAAGUUGUGUCAAAUCGAUCUUCAUUUCCAGGAUUGUCUGAAAGAUAGCUUACUCUUGAUUGACCAGGGGCGCGGUCGUCUAAGGCCACUGAGAGAUGUCAUCGGCAUGUUGAAGCACGAUUACGGAGCCUCUCUGCGGGGCUACAACGGAUCUGGCGAGUUCACAGGGUACCUGCUGGAGGAACUCGAAGCUUGGUCACUCCUCUCUAAUACUGAGCUGUGGUAUCCCUCCGGAACAGAUACGGAAUUCUCAUCGAUGGUUGCGAGGACGGCGGAAGGUGCGCCACGAAGCAGGUCCAAAGAGGAGAUCCGCACAUAUAUCAAGCGCGAUAUAAUAUUCAGGUUCAAGCCCGAUGUCUACCUCCAAGUCAAUGCUCCUCUUUCGUUUCCCACAGGUGCAAAGGAACUGCCAAAGGUUGUGAAGCCAAGCUUCACCAGCGAAUUCGCACGUUGGCUAGCAUCCGUGGCAGCUACCCAACGAAAGUCCGAGUCAGCUCUUCGUGAAGCACCAGCACAAUCAAGUCUGGAAUCACCGAUCGAGGAAGAUCCUGCAGCCACGGCAGCUGCAAUGAUAUUCCAAGGAUUAGUUGGCUCCUGCCCUUAUGUCCCAUUCGAUCCUAAUCAAUGGCUCGAUCUACAAUUCUUCGAAGACCUACGUUCGCAGAGGAGAAAGGCUCUGGUCCCAUCCAAAGGCAAGAACAACCAAAAGAGAAAGCAUACCGUAACCUCUGUCGUGCGAGGAGGUAGCAAUGCUCGACGUGUCAAAGCGAGGUUGUCGGGAUAA